AUGUCUCGCCAGUCCUGUGGUCUCGGCAGAGGAUUCAGCUCCAGCUCCGCUUGUUUUGGAGGGAGGAACAAGGUCACGUUCAGCUCCGUGUCUCGUGGGGACUGCAGGGGACCUGGCAAAGCUGGUGGCUUUGGCAGCAGGAGCCUCUAUUGCUUGGGAGGGAGUAAAAGCAUCUCUCUGGGAGGAUUCGGUGGCGGUGGUGUUGUCUGCAGAGGUUUUGGGGCUGGUGGCCAAGGAGGCUUUGGCUACGGCUAUGGUGCUGGGCCAGGAUUCGGUGGUGGCUACAGCAGUGGGGCUGGAAGUGGCUUUGGUGGAGGCCUCAGUGGUGGUUUUGGUGGCUUUGGUGGAGGAUUUGAUGGCGGGAUAGGAGGUCAAGGCUUUCCCCCUUGCCCACUGGGCGGCAUCAGGGAAGUGACCAUCAACCAGAGCCUGCUGGCCCCGCUUAACCUUAAAAUUGACCCUGAGAUCCAGAAGGUGCGAACGCAAGAGCGGGAGGAGAUGAAGCAGCUCAAUGACAAAUUCGCCUCCUUCAUUGACAAGGUUCGGUUCCUAGAGCAGCAGAACCGAGUCCUGGAGACCAAGUGGAAACUCCUGCAGGAGCAGGGUGGCACAGGGACAGGCGGCAGGAACCUCGACCCCUUUUUUGAAACCUACAUCAGCGGGCUGAGGAAGCAGCUGGACUGCCUCGCAAGUGAGAAGCACCAGCUGGAGUCGGAGCUGAAGGGCUUCCAAGAUAUGGUGGAAGACUUCAAGACCAAGUAUGAAGAGGAAAUAAACAAAAGGACAGCUGCGGAGAACGAUUUUGUGCUCCUAAAAAAGGACGUGGAUGCAGUCUAUAUGACCAAGGUGGAACUUCAGGCAAAAUCAGAUUCUCUGGCGGAUGAGAUUAACUUCUUGAAGUAUCUUUAUGAAGCUGAGCUGUCUCAGAUGCAGAAGACGGUUUCUGACACAUCUGUGGUUCUCUCCAUGGACAAUAACCGAAACCUGAACCUGGACAGCAUCAUUGCGGAGGUCAAAGCCCAAUACGAGGAGAUUGCCAACAGGAGCCGAGUGGAGGCUGAGUCUUGGUACCGAUACAAGUACGAAGAGCUGCAGGCUACCGCAGGCAAACAUGGAGACAGCCUUAAGGACACAAAGACCGAGAUCUCUGAGCUCAACCGCAUGACCCAGAGGAUACGGGCUGAGAUUGAGAGUGUGAAGAAACAGUGUGAAACUCUGCAGAGCUCCAUUGCGGACGCCGAGGAACGUGGGGAGCUGGCCCUCAAGGAUGCCAGGGCCAAACUGACUGACCUGGAGUCAGCCCUGCAGAAAGCCAAGGCAGACCUGGCCCGGCAGCUCCGCGAGUACCAGGAGCUCAUGAACGUCAAGCUGGCCCUGGACGUUGAGAUCGCGACCUACAGGAAGCUGCUGGAGGGAGAGGAGAGCAGGAUGUCUGGCGAGUGUCAGAGUGCCAUCAGCAUCUCUGUGGUGGGAGGCGGCAGCAGCUCUGCCGGAGGCGGAUACGGUGGCGGACUGUGCCUUGGAGGAGGAGGAACUGGAUUUGGUGCUGGAAGUGGGGGAGGCAGCUGUAACACAGCUGGUGUUGGCUUCUGCUACAGCCUGGGAGGGGGUGGACCUGGCUCGGGGGGAGGAUUCAGUGCUGGGGGGGCAUUCGGCUCCGGAGGGGCAGGGCUCUACUCCACGGGCGGGGGCUGUAACUCAGUGGUGGUGGGGUCUGGCACCAUCCUGACGAAAACCACCAGCUCUACGUCUGUCAGCCGGAGGGUCUAG